AUGGCAAACAAUCGACCGUUAGAGCUGAACUCGAUUCAACCAGAUCGGUAUCCAGAUCAUCACUACCAGCCAAAUCAUGACCAACAUCAACCUGAAGCCUCUACAUCAUAUCAUUUCAAACCAAUAGUCUACAAUCCGGAGAUAAAUCCAUAUCCUCCACCCACUUCUCCUAUCAAUCAACAAAACAUAAGACAGCUUUCAAAUGAAGAAGAUGACAGGCAAAACAGUAAACCUGUGAAGCUUCCUGUACCGGAUACCAGAGCCUGGGUACAAGCUCAAGAGGAAGAGCAGUUGAAGGCUAAUUGGAGUCAUCACCCUUAUAACCAGCUCUCAUCUCAACCAGCCCAUCCGGUCUAUCCAAAUACGCAAUCGGCCGCCAUCCCAUUUCCAACCCCUCGUAUACCAUCACAAGCUUCUGAAAGGCACGGGAUACCGGUAUCUCAGUUUCAAGAACGGAUGCCAAGAAAUAGUCAAACGCCUCAAAGCUUCAUAGACCUCCGUAGAGAUAAUCAACUCAGUGGAAAUCCUUCAACUAGUCAUGUUUCGAUCGCAUCAUCAUCUUAUCCUCCACCUCGGACUGAUUUCGAACAGUUGAAUAGGCGGCCAUCGAAACUGACCAAGAACAGACCAAAGACUGGCGGAAGCAGUGUUGCGAGUAGUACGGGCAAACGAAGCAUGAGCAGCCUAAAACGAGUCAAAAGCUUUCUGAGUGCCCUACAAGCCAAUAAUAGUCGAAGAGGUAGUAGGGAUAGUGUGACUAGUCGAGCAGCAGGCGGCGGAGGAGAAUCAGAGAGCACGCAAGACUACAACGGGCCUAACACACCCUCGUCUGCAGCAGAGGAAGUGGCGCUACAACCAACGAAACUCAAACUCAGACCGAUGCAAGCACAAUUCAAUCGACUCUUUAGAAAACACAAUCAUCCAGAAGGAUUAAGACGUCAACAGCGAUCUAUGUUGAUCGAUCGAAGCCGACCUGAAUCACAACAACCGAUCAAAGGGAAAGGUAGAAGUUUAGAUUUCGGAAAGUCACAUGAUUCUACUUCUGCUCGGCCUAUGAUCAUCGGAAUGGGGAAAGAUGAUCCUGAAUUGAGUUUCAAGCAGAAUCGAGAUCCUCGUCAGAAUAAUAGUGCAAGAAAUCUUGAUCAACCAGCUCCUCGUGGAUUCGGACAGCAUCGAGCUCAGUUAAAUCAAGCGAAGGGAAUCAGGACAAAGGGAGCUGGGUUUUGGUGA